AUGGGUAAUGUAAUUAAGCAAUUAGGUAAUACCUCUGGAGAUUCUAAUGUCAAGACUAAGAAUAGUAUUUUAAUGGGUUAAGCCUUAAGUAAGCUUAGAGAAUACCAUGGGUCUUUUAAAAGUGUUUGUGAUACAUUUGCAAUUGAAUAAAAUGAAUUCGACUAGAUAUUAGGUCAACCAGAUAAAAGUUAGGAGCUCUUUUAAUUAUGGGAUAGAGAUAAAAAUGGUUUAAUUGAUGCUUUAGAAUUAUUUUCUGGUUUGAUUUUAUUUUCUGAAGCAAAAUUUGAAGAUAAAUUGCGUUUCUUGUUUGACAUAUUUGAUUUUAAUGAAUUAAAUAGUUUAAGCAUUAUUGAUUUAGAAUUUAUGAUGAUAUCUUGUUGCAACGCAACAUUCAAAAUGCUAGAUAUUUCAGAGUCUGAAGUUAAUGAAGAAGAUAUUACAGAGUUUUUAGGUAAAAAUUUUAAUGAUGAUUCACGUGUUAAUAUUUCAUAAAUGUUGAAGUGGUGUGCAAAAACUCCAGAAAUUCGUGAGUUUAUGCUUAAGAUAAAAAAACUUCCUCCUGAAAGUAAGAAUCAAAAAAAUUAGCACACAAAUAAUCUUUUACUAGACUCUGAAAGAGUGAGUACCUUUUAGGAAACUAAAUCUCUUGGUGCAAUAAUAAAUUCCAAGAAAUAUUAACAAAAAUUAGAUUGGCUAAGUACAUUUUCGAAAAAGCUUUAAUAUUUAAAUUAAUCAAAUAGUAAAACCAGUCAAAAAGAUGCUUACUGUAAAAUAAAUUGGGUAUAUGGAUUCCGCUCUCAAAAUGUUAAUCAUCCACUAGAAUACAUAGCUCCAAGCAGCUCUGCUGAAUCAGAGAGAAUACUUUACUUUACUGCUUGUAUAGUAGUUAUUUUCUAUCCUUAAAUUAAAAUAUAAAGGCAUUAUAUUGAGCAUGACAAAGAGGUUAAUUGUUUAGCAGUUGCAAAAAAGAAACAUCUUGUAGCAAGUGGAGAAUUAGGUGAUAAGCCUCAUUUGCAUAUUUGGGAUCCAAAUACACUUUAAAAUUUAGGAGUUAUUAAAGGAAUUCAUUAAAGGGGUAUUAUUUUAAUAACAUUCUUUCGUGAUGAUGAGUUCAUAGCAAGUUGUGGUUCUCGUUUGAACUCUCCGAUUCUUAUCCAUAGUCUGAAGGAUUAUUCAUUAGUUUUGAGUACCUUUGUCGAUGAGCCAGUUAUUGAAUUAUUGACAAUAAGAAAUUAUAUUGGGUAAUUCUCGUUGAAUCACUCAAAUAAAAAGUACAACCCUUAAUUUAAGCCUGUCUUUUCAACAUCAAAGAAUGCAUAAAAUAAAAAGGAUAUUAGAGCAUACUUAGUAAAAUAAGAAAAUUAGCUUAGCAUAUAUGAAAGUAUGAUUGAAGAUUUCUAAAAUUCAUUUAUAGUUUGCACAUCAAGGAAAAUUCUAAUGCUUCACUAUUAAAAUGGGCAUUUUUAAAAAGCUGAAAUUAACUUAAAUAAAGGAGAAGAAAAUUAAUAAAUUAGUGAUAUAACUUGUGCUGCAGCUUUACGUUUAAAUGAUGAAUAGCCUUACUUGAAAGCCUUUUAAAAAGAAGAAGACUCUUGCAUCGUGAUAAUAACAGGACACUCAGAUGGUCAAAUUUACAUGUGGAGAAAUAUGGAUGAAUCUGAAAAUGAGAAAAUUAACAUUGAAGAAGAAACAAGAGAAAAAUCUUAAGCAGGUCAAAAUUCAAUAGUUUGCAUUGUCACAUAUUAAUACGGUAUUAUUGUUGCUACUGGAGCUUCUAUGAUUUAUUUAUUUGAUCUUAAAAUGAAAUAACCUCCUAUUCAAAAGAUUGAGCUAACCACUUUUCCCUUUAAGCUCUUUAAUUACGAUAUUGCUGAUAUUUUAGUUGCUGUUGAUAAGUUACUCAUCUCUACAAUUUAUGGUGAUAUUAUUGAAAUAAAGCUUAACUAAAAGUAAGAAUGGUAAUCAAAUAAAUUUAUUAUGAAAACUCAUGCAAAUAGACUCAAUUACAUUACAAAACUAAAUGGUAAUUUAAAUGCUAUGUGUAUUCUUGAAAGACCUGAAAAUGAUGAUAAAAUUCUUUUUGUUGCAGGCUAAUCGUCAGUUGUGUAUGGUUUUUCAUUAGAAACGCAUGAAAUAGUAGAUAUUUGGACGAUUGGUUAAGAAAAGCCAAUCACUGCUAUGGAUUGUGUCAAUUUUGAGGAUGGUGGCACAGUAUUUGCUAUUGGAUGUGAUAAUGGUCAAAUAUAUAUGCGUAUUGAUUGGGAAGAAUCUCCUAAGUCAUAUGAUUGUAAGAAAAUGAUCUUAGAUUUAAAAUUUUCAAGUGAUACCUUUUAUUUGAUAGCUGCUUGCUCUGAUAAUUAAGUUUAUUUAUUUAGUUUGAGUAAUAAUAGUUACUUCUAAGUAAAUCCAAAAAAGCUAAGCUUAGAAGAAGUUCCUAUAUACAUUCACUUUUUAGAUGAUAAUAAGAGUUUUAUCAUUGGUACUAAUCAAAGACAGCAGUACAAAGUUGAAAUUCCAGAUUUAAAAAGUAAGAACAUAUAAUAAGAGAAUGAAAAACUUAAUUGUACAAUUUGGAAUUUAAGAUAUCCCCUCCAUACUAAAAAUUAUGUUGAUUCUAUGCUCCCAAUAAUUAUUGGUGCUGAUAUUAAAGUUUUUUUAGCAGCUGGAGAAUCAGGGUAUCUUUACUAUUGGAGAGAUUAAGAAUAACUAGAGUCUAACUGUGGAGGUUUUUUGAAGGGUCACUCAUCUUAAAUCUCAAGACUGUUAAUGACUAAAAGUUAAGAUCUAUUUUUCUCAUUAGGUUCAAAAGAUAACUCCAUAAUAGAAUGGAAAGUUGAUUUUAUCAAUGAUUACAAUGAUUUCUCAAAGCCAUUCAAAGAAGACAACAAUAGUGCUUUAUCUAAUUUAGAAAUCGUUUCAAAAGUAGCAUAGUUAAAAGAUGAUAUUUUAGUCAGAGAAUUAUCUUAUAGCUACAUAGGAAAGAAUAACUUUAUAUCAGACACAUUUAGAGACACCUUUGUGCUCUUUAAAGGAACAGAGCAAAAAAUAUUAUAAAAUUUGAAUAUUUAAGAAGAAUUUGAAAAGAAAUAUGAUUUAUAAAUGAAAAGACCUCCUCCUUUAAGCUUAGAACUCGAUUUUGUGUAUGGCUUUUAGGCAUUUGAUAAAAGAAAAACUCUUCACUAUGCGCACAUUUACUAUGAUAAAGAAUUUCAAUUUGGUGUUGAUGAAAAUGGAAAUCCUAUUAGAAAGAGCAAAUAUAGUUAUAAAUACGAUAUCUUGAAGAAUUUAAGUAGACAUCGUAACAUAUUAGGUUUCUAAAAGCAUAAAAACACAAGUAUUACUCAAUAGCCUCUAAACAAUACUCUAUAAUUAUCUUACGACCAGCCUCAUGAAAAUUGCUAAAGAUUAUUUGUUUACUUUUGUUCAAGAAUAGGUAUUGUGUAUGAUCCAGUAAGAAAUAAAUAAAUCUUUUAUGAAGGUCAUAAGUCUAAAAUUUCUUGUUUAGUGGUCCAUCCACUCAAGUAUUUAGUUGCUACUGGAGAAGCCUCUUCCAAGCCUACUAUUCAUGUUUGGAAUGUUCUUAAUUGCGAACCUUUUAAGAUUCUAUCUACAUUCCACAAAAAUGGUAUUAUUAAUAUGGCAUUUUCCAAUUAAUCUAGCUUAAUUGUUUCUGUUGGUAUGGAUAUUAACUUCUCUUUACAAGUUACUAACUGGAAGACUGAAGAAAUAAUAGCUCUUAGAAACAGUGGACAAUAUCAUAUUUUUGAUGUCUGCUUUAAUCCUUAUAACAGAUAUGAAUUCGUUACUUGUGGAACUCAAAAUAUAACAGUUUGGGAGAUGAAUGGUAGAAAUAUCCUAAGAAAAUUAGUUGUUAAUGCUGCGAGUGAAAGUGAUUAUGGUGCUAAUUGUUGUAUUACUUGUGUUGAUUAUAUAUCUUAUUAUAUAAAUGAAAGUAUUGAUUAUGAUAUCAUAGCUGGUAAUAACUUCGGAGACCUUAUUUUAAUUACAUGCAAUAAAUAUGUUGUUGCCAGAAAUAAAGCUCAUUUAAAAAUGAUUAAUUGCAUAAAAAUAUUUAAGGCUUUCGAAGAACAUAUAUUGAUUAUCACUGCUGGAGAAGAUGAGCUUAUAAAGAUUUGGGAUACAAAAUUUAAUUUGAUAAAUGAAAUAAAAAUAAAAUAGAUACCUGAAUUCAGCUAUUUAUCAACCAGCUAAACUAAUACAAAAGAUUUAAAAAAUUUAUCAGCAUAAUCAAUUGAUAUUUACUUCUGUGGUAUGCACCAGCAAUUAAUAGAAUAAAAGCUUAAGAGCCAAAAUUCUAAGCUAUAAAAUACACAACAAAGUAAUAAAAAGAAGGAGGAAUAAACAGAAAAAUAAUGGCCCAUUAUUUUAUUUGGAACCCGUAACGGAGCAAUUAUGGAGGCCACCUUCUAAUUAGAUGAAGCAAGUUUAAAAAUAAACAACAAUGAUGAAUUUAGGAAUAAUUUAAGUACAGUAGUGAGGAGAGACUAGAAAUAAGAAGAAAGUGAUGAAUCUGAAGAUGAAUAGGAGAAUAAUAAGAUAUAGUUAUACGGAUAAGCUAAAUAUUUCAAAAAUUUCAGAUUUUCUGAGUUUUUAUAGUUCCAUAGCAACUAAACUCAUCAUAGUCAAACAAAAUAAAAUUUAUAUGAAAAUAUCUUUAACAAAAAGGUUUAUUUUGCUCUCCAUCCAUAGGAUUAAAUUAUGGUUACUGUUGGUGAAGAUGGUUUAUUAUGUAUGUUUGAUUUAACAAAUGAUAAACCUUUGCUCAUUAAGCAUUUGUAAAAUACUCCUUCGUGUGUUAAAUUCUGUCCUUUUGAUGGAAAUAUACUAGUUAUUGGAUUCACUAAUGGAUGUAUUCGUUUCUUCAGCUCUAUUAUUAACAAAAGUAAAUUUGGUAAAAAGCAUGAAAGAUACGAAGCACCCUAACUUGAUGUUAGAUAAAUAGUCGAUGAUGGCAAAACAGCAGUUCUUAACAUCGAGUUUUCUGAUGAUGGUCAGUAUAUGGCUGCUUCAUAUGAUAACUCGAGAUAAUCCAAAGAACAAGAAAGUAAAUUUGAAAAAGAAGGGUCUUUUAUAUAAAUAUUCAAAAGCAAGCAAAGACUAGGAGGAAUAGCCUCUAACAAAAAAGAUAAUGCAAAUUACUAAAAAUAUAUUGAGAUUAAAUGUCCUAGUGUUUAUGAGAGUUAUAGAACAGACUCUAAUGCUUAUGGUUGUGCUGUUUAUUUCAUGACUUUCUCAAUAAAUGAUGACUUUUUACUUAUCUACUAUUAACUAGUAGAUAACUAUUUAGUUAGAAUUAAUCAUGAUUAAUAAGGUCAUUAUAUGAUUUGGGAUAUUAAAAAUAAUUAAGCUGUUAAGUUAUGGGAAAAUAUUUAAUCUAUUAAGUGGCAAAAGUUAAAUUUUCCUAAUUCUUUGAAAGCUUAGUAUUAAUAUUAUCCACAGCUGCUCAUUGCUGAUGAAAUAAGUAAAGACUCCACUUUAAGCUAGAACAUUGGUCCUUUAGGUUCAAAUGUUAACUAAUAGCUAAAUACAGCAUAAGGUGCAUAAAUAGUUGGUAAUAAUGCCCAAGUACCUUAUAUUUCUGUUAUGCUUGACUUAAAACCUUAUUUGAUUUGUGGUAGCAUAAAAGGUGAUUUACAUCUUGUUAAGCAAACUUGCUUAAUGAAAGAUAAAGAUGGAAAAGAGGGAAUUAGCUAAAAUAUAGUUGUAAGGCCAGAUUAAAUGUGCUUAGCUAAAAGUUAUUCCUCUCAUGUCUCAUUUAUAAAUUAGUGUGAAAGGACUAUAAUUAAUGGAAAUAAGACUUACUUAUUUACAUCAGGAAUAACAGAUGAAUCCAUAUUCAAAUGGAAGUUGAAGGAAGAAGAUCAGUAUUGGGAUUUAGAUAAUUUAACCUAUAAACUGGACUAACCUGAUAUUUUUGCUGAGUUAGUUACAAAAGACAAAUUCAGUAACUUAUAAAAUGAAGUAUUACCCUAAAGACAGGAAACUGCAGAAACUUGCAGUUAAAUUGAAGAUACUAAAGAGAGCCCUGUAGAACUUAAGCUCUCUAAUAUUAUUGGAAGAAAGUCUUUUAACAGAUAUAAUAAUUUGUUUUAUGACUACGAUGAAAAUAUUCUCUAUUUGGCAGGUUGUAAUUUAGUUAUUUUGAAGAGUGACCAGUUCGAUGAAUAAAACUCAGCUACAAAUCAAAAUUUAGAUGAAAAGCAAUCAUUUUUGUAAUUAAAAUAAGAGUUUGUUAAACUGGAUGCUUCUAUUAAUAGUAGUUUCCCAUAGUUGUCAUGCUUUAGUUUAUCAGAAGAUAAGAAGUUUUUAGUCGCUGGAACUAUAGAGACUUAAGCUAAGUUAAUAAUUUGGGAUAUAUGUAGUAGAACUUGUAUUAAGACUCUCCGUAUAACAAACAGUCCUAUGAUUCUAAAAGCUAAAUUUGCACACGAUAAUAAACAUAUUGGGCUUGUAGCACUUACAAAUGACUAUACAAUGUGCGUUUAUUUGAUAGAUUCAUAAUCUGGAUAAGUUUUGGGAUGUGCUAAUUUCCCUUAUUCAUUACCUUACAAAAUAAAAGAUUUAGCCUUCUUACCGAAUUCUAUUUAUUAAUUCAUAACAUGUGGAAUUCAAAAUAUGUCUCACUGGAAAUUUAAUGGAUCAAUACUCUCUUAUCAUCAAAUGGAAAUAGAGAAUCCUCCUCCAGAAAAGGAUCUGAAAAAGAAUAAUGAUGAUGUAGCAAAAGAUGAUGCAAAUAGAGAAGAUUAUGAAAAAGAAGAAGAGGCUAAUGAAGAGGAAGAAGAACCUACAAAAUUAAAAGUUUCUUUCCUUUGUAUUAUUUUUGUUCAAGACGUUAUUAUUACUUCUGGUGAAGAUGGAUAUUUGUAUGUAUGGGAAGAAAACAAGAUAAAAAAGAAACAUCCUGCUCACAAAUUAACAAUUGGAACAUUAUUUGCAAAAAGAGAAAGCAAUUUGUUUGUAUCAGGUAGUUUAGAUGGCAGAGUGUGUUUGUGGGAGAUUUUCCCUUCAAAUUAUAAUUAUGAAAUAAUCAAAAUCCAAGAAUACAGCAUCACAAAUUUACAACCAGAACUAGUGUUGAAGAAGCCAGAGUUUUAGAUUUAAUCAAUAUGUAUAGGAUCAAAAUAUAUUUUAGCAGGAACUAAGAGCGGUGACAUUUAUGAACUUCUUUUACCACAAUAUACUGAAGAAGAUUUUUAUAGAGAUUCUAAUAAUCCAAAUGUUGUAAGCAAUUAAGCCCUUGCAUAUUCGAAAGAAGAAGGCGAGGAUUAAGAUGAAUAGCAGGUUUAAUUGAUGUCUCAACCAAAAAAUAGUAGAUAAAAUUAAAUCAACUUGAGACUCAGCUGUCACGACCAGGAAAUACCACUAUCUUUAGGGUUUUCAGAUGAUUCUAAGUACCUUUAUUCUAUUACUUAGAAGGGAUUUUUCUGUGUUUGGGAUAUUCAAACUUUAAAAAGAAUAUUUUUUAAGUUUUUCAAUAAAGAUACCUAAGGUUUAAUUGUUUGCAAACAAUCAUCUAAAAUAUAUAUUGCGUUUGAUAAUGAAAUAUAAAUUCUUAAAAAUGAUAUUUAUGCUAGAAAAUCAUAGAAUAGUAAUACAGGUUUAGCAGCAACUAAUUAGAAUUUAGGCAGUUAUAAUAAUAUGUUAAGACCUCAAAUGUUUAGUAAUAAUAAUUUUGAGAAGCUAACACCAUUUUCUUUCGAAUCUUUGAAAUCUUAGCCUUUAGAUAGCACUAUUUCAGAUAUGAAAUUGAGUAAAGGAGAGAAAUUGUUAGCUGUUGCUAUUUAAAAUAAAAUUAACAUAUAUUCUCCUGUAGGUGAUGAAACUUCUCCUAAUCUCAAGCUACUUUGUACUAUUUCUAACCUUGCUUCUCCAGUUGAGUACAUAGAUUUCACUGAAGAUGAUAAUUUCUUACUAUACAAGGACACCUUAGAGGAAGUUUCUAUUAUUGACUUAUCAAAUUAGAAAAAGAUUAAUACUAUAUUUAUAGAACAUGAUAUUGAGUGGUGCUCUGAUGGUAUCAAAAUUGGUGAAAAAACUAAGGGAGUUCAUAGUCACUAUUCUGAUGAGAAUAAAAUACUAAAAAUUACUCCUAUUACUACUAAUUGUAUAGCUGUUACUGACGAAAUGGGCACUAUCAGACUAUUUAACUAUCCUUGCGAUAGUGGCACAGGUAAUGGGUAUAUGAGAUGCUAUCCAGAUCACUUAAAUAAUGUAAACUAGUGUGUACUCUCGCCUGAUAAAAGAUUCCUUGUAACAUCAAGUGAAAGAGAUAGGUGUAUAUUUAUUUGGACAGUUAUUGAAAUAAGUAAUUAAGAUAACGAAUAUGAUGGCUAAAAUGAUUAAGAUGAAAAUGGAGACGAUGAAGAUCGUAACUGA